AUGGAUUGUCCGUAUACUUCUUAUGAAUUGGAUCUGGCCAUCCAUGAUGCUCCUCUGGGAACAGCACCUGGGCCUGAUGGUAUUAUGAAUGAUUUUCUCCAUCAUCUUGGUCCUGUUGCUCGAAACACGCUUCGGGUAAUGAUAAAUACUUCCUUUGCAUCUGGAGAGUUUCCUCCGCAAUGGAAGAAAGGGGUGACGGCCCCUACCCCUAAACCGGGUAAGGACCCCAGCCCUCCUGAUAGUUAUCGUCCAGUGACGCUACUAUCAGUCUUGCUUAAGGUGGCCGAACGUAUGGUCCACCGACGCCUAACAGCAUUAUUCCCUCAUCACCCUCGACAAUUUGGAUUUAUGGCCCUCCGCUGCACUACGGAUGUGGUAACUCUUAUGUUGGAUCAGAUUACCCGUGGCCUUAACGAAUUCUCCAUGGUGGAAUAUUCUCGAACAGGUGGUGGUGCGCCUAAUUUGCAUCCCCGACGCCACCGUUCGCUUGCAGUAUUGACUGACUUUUUGACUGCCUUCGACUCACUUGACCACUGCAAAUUAUUGACUAUUCUGGAUAGGCUUCCGCAACUAGGACCCCGCACGAAGAGAUGGUUACAAAACUAUCUGCGUGGUCGUUAUAUUAUGGUGCGAGUGGAUGAAAAUACAUCUCGAGCGCAACUCACAUCUGCUGGGGUGCCUCAAGGCAGUGUACUUGGUCCCCAACUCUUCCUCUACUACGUGGACGAUCUGCUAUGCCGUCUGGACAAUAUCUUCUCUGUGUCAGCAUUUAUGUAUGCGGAUGACCUGACACUUAUUGCUUCAGGGGCAGACAUUCGCGACUGUGCUUCGGCGAUGCAACCAGCCCUUGAUGUGAUUACUGCAUGGGCUGCCGAGUACAACUUGAAGUUGAACGUAUUUAAGAGUGAUGCAGUACUCUUUUACGUCUCUUCCCAUACAGCAUCCGAUGCGGAAGAGGUAUAUCUUCGGCUUGGUCACGGGACACUCCGUAUUGAGUCUCGUCCUAUUAAACUGCUUGUUGUGAACAUUAAGCGGCUACUCAACUUUGGCCCUCAUAUUAAUAAAGCAUCCAAACAAACGAUGAUACACCGUUAUCAGCUUAACCUUGUUGCACAAGCAGAUGCAAAUCAUCAUACCAUGCGUUCAUUUCUCAUUAGAUACUUGUAUAGCGUGCCGCCACAUGGGAGCGAGGCUGUCCUCCCAUGCGUUGUGCCCGCGUGCCUUCAAAACUUAGAAGUGAGAUAUCGGGACAGUUGCAAAGCAUCCCUAGGAUUAAGUGCUGCAACAGAAAAUUCUUCCGUUUAUUUAGAAGCAAACCUGUUACCCUUAAGCAAAUUAUCUAUGCUUAGGGCGCUUGCCCAACACGAGAGAUUUCCACGACCCCCCAACACCGAUGGCAUUCGUAGAGCUAUUUAUGCACAACCUGCGCCGCCCACGACCUAUCGCCGCAGAGCAACGCCGAUUCCCUUACCAAAAGAGAUGGUCCUUAAAGAACUGCAACGAGUGUGUGAUCUUAUUGGGAUACCUACUGAUCACCCUCGUGAACCUCUUAUAUGCCGUCGCAUUCGUCCAUGGGAAACAGAAUUAUGUCAUUUUAUUCGAUUUCACCAACCUCAAUACGAUAAAGAUGCCUCUGAAGAGGUAAAGAAGCGUGCUUUUGAUACUGUGUAUACAAAGCUCCCUUCUCAUCGCUUUGAAUUAUGGACGGAUGGAUCCUCCUCACUCGCCGAACGCGCAUCAGGAGCUGCUGCUUUACUUUAUGAUGGUACUGCGCCCCAUGAUAAACCAGUACAAAUAUAUCAUGCGGCGGCGGGCCCUCUAGCCUGCUCCUAUAGGGCUGAAUGCUUGGCCCUGGAAGGAGGCUUAUCCCACCUUCUACUUCCGGCCUUACAAAACAUUCAAGACCCUACAUCUAUACUUAUUGCGACGGAUUCGCUCCCAGCCAUUGAAGCCCUCCGAGUCGGACCUUUGGCAGUCCAUGACCGGGUUACGGAAGAUAUUUGGCUUAUGUUGUUAUCCCUUGCAUGUCGUAAUAUUACUGUAGAUAUAAUAUUUUCUCCAACCUACUGUGGAAUUCAACGUAAUGAAGCAGCUGAUGUUGAAGCUACCAGGGCACGGGACCUUCCUCAGGAAAACAUUCCAAUUUGGCAUGUAGAUUUUCUUACUGCGGUUAAGAGAUAG